AUGAACCGCUGAUAAAUUACAACAACAAAAAUAUGUGAGAAAAAAGCGGCCAAACAGGCAGAUAAACCGGGCAUCGGGGAGUCGGAAAAAGGAGCUUGCCACGCACUUCUACCGACCGUUGGACAAGGUCAGAUCGUUGUCGUUGGCAGCUAAAACGGAUAAGCCGCCUCAUUCCGGGGCUUUGACUUCUGAUAACCGGCGACCCGGCUGUGUAUAAAACGUUUCGCUUGGGGCCCAAACAACAGCACUUGCGGACCAGCAUCCAAGUUGAUAACAUCGCCAUCCAGAGUUUCCAGAUUUUACCAAAUCCAAAUAAAACAGAAUGUCGCAAUUCACCGUCGCUGCUGCCCUUUUCGCCUGCCUGAUCGUCAUCCUGGGAGGCCAAGAAGCUAUGGCUGCCAUUGCCAAGGUUAAACUGACCAAUCCCGAUCAUCCUGGCCAGUGUGUGAUCGACGGCGGCCUUUUAUUGUCGCCCGGUCAGACUGGUAAGGCUCCAAACCGGGAGUGCACCAAAGUCGAAUGCCAUUCCGAUUUAUAUGUGACCUUCAACACCUGUCCAGCUGUCGCUCCACCCAAGGGAUGCAAACAGCGUGACUUUGUCAACACAAAUCGCGAUUAUCCCGCUUGCUGCGAGCGAGCCUACGAUUGCAACAAACACAUCUAAACACUUUUCACGCACACUUUUCGAUUGGUGAUCUGUUUUUUUGUUUUUUUUUUUUGAUUUAUUUAUUGUGUAUACUACAACAUAACAAUUAAAAUGUAAACGCUUAGCAAUACAAUUAAAUAAUUUAAUAGAAUCAUUAACAGAAAAUACAUAUGCAUGUAUGCUUGCUUGUGAGGGUGUAGUUGGGUUUGGAUAAUGAGGCAAGGACCUGUCCGCGGCUCUACCUAUAUCUAUAUCCGAUUCGGCUCGUUCUGGCAUCGGGUAAUACAUCACUGUACACGGGGUA